AUGGAGGAGCUGACGGCGUUCGUCUCCAAGUCGUUUGACCCCAAGGCGAAGGAGAAGAAGGAGCUGAUCACCUACCGCGAGGUGCUGGAGAGCGGCCCCCUGCGCGGCGCCGCCGGCCCCCGGGAGCCCGGCGGCCCCGCGGCGGAGCCGGGCCGCGACGAGGCGGGCAGCCCCGCGGGGCGGGCGGGCGGCGGGCGGACCCCGCCGCGGGAGCCCGACGCCGCCGCCGCCGAGAGAGCCGCCGAGGCGGCCACCCCCAAGCUCAGCGACGUCUCCCCAGAGCUGAAGGAGCGCAAGGAGGAUGCGAAAGCGAUGGAAGACGAAGGGCAGACGAAAAUCAAGCAGCGGCGGAGCCGGACCAAUUUCACCCUGGAGCAGCUGAACGAGCUGGAAAGGCUUUUCGACGAGACCCACUACCCGGACGCCUUCAUGCGGGAGGAGCUGAGCCAGCGGCUGGGGCUGUCCGAGGCCAGGGUGCAGGUCUGGUUCCAGAACAGGCGAGCCAAAUGCCGAAAGCAAGAAAACCAGCUCCACAAAGGGGUGCUGAUCGGCGCCGCCAGCCAGUUCGAAGCCUGCCGGGUGGCCCCGUACGUGAACGUGGGCGCGCUAAGGAUGCCCUUCCAGCAGGGGUCUCCGCUGCCACGGGCGCCCGUGUCCCCGCAGGUUCAGGCGCAGCUGCAGCUGGACAGCGCCGUGGCCCACGCCCACCACCACCUCCACCCGCACCUGGCCCACGCGCCCUACAUGAUGUUCCCCGCGCCCCCCUUCGGGCUGCCGCUGGCCACGCUGGCCGAGUCCGCCUCCGCCGCCUCCGUGGUGGCCGCCGCCGCCGCCGCCAAGACCACCAGCAAGAACUCGAGCAUCGCCGACCUCCGGCUGAAGGCCAAGAAGCACGCCGCCGCCCUGGGGCUGUGACCGGGGCAGCGGCCGGCUCGCUUCGGUCCUCCGGAGGGGAGCAAAGCUGCAGCCAAACGGCGACGAGAAGGGGGAGAGGAGAGACUGACGGGAGAUAUAUACUUAUUUAAAGAAUUAGACGAACUAGACGCGCAGCUGGGAAGUUCACAGGUUUUGAAACUGACCUUUUUCUGCGAAGUUCACUUUAAUACGAGAAAUUUGAUAAGAGAGGCGGGCCUCCUUUCACGUUGCAUCAGAUACUUGAGUUUAACAACCACGUCGGGAAUAGCGACAAAAAGAAGAGAGAACGACGAUGAAGAAGAAAGAAAGAAAAAAAAAAAAAAACGGAAGAGAGAGAGAGACAAUGAUUUCUCUGCGAAUUUUUAAUGGGAAACUGUCCGGGAUACUUCCUCCAGCAGCAUUCCGGGUUGCAUGUAUUUGUAUUUCAUUGAUGGAGUCCUUUGAUUCACUUGCACUUCACCCUCAUCUUUAGUAGAAAAACAAAACAAACAAACGUGGCUGGGUUCUUUCGCUUUUAAUCUUGGAGGGAAGCAGAAAGAGAGGGAGAUCAAGCACUGCCUUUUCCACUCUUAAAUCUUUGCUGGUCGUUCGCUGUCCCACCUCUGAAAUGAAAGGGAGCGGAAAGCGUCAGGAGCGCGGCGUGUGCCUCCCUCGCUGGGUCCCUCUUGUCCUGAGGGCAAAAAGAAAAAAAAAAAAAAAAAGAAAGAAAGAAAGAAAGAAAGAAAGAAAGAAAGAAAGAAAAGGGAAGAAAGUAUUUAAUUCCCAGCCGCCACUUCACACAACGGCCAAUUCCAAUAAGAGGUACUGGGUACAUGUAAAAUAUGUUGAUACACACGAACAAAGUUUAUUUUGGCUAUAACUUGUGAAUUGAUAGUUGACUGUCAAACAUUUACAUUUUAUCUCAUAAAGGUGUAUCUAUUCACGUAAUCUUGUGAUUUAUUUUAUGAUUUUUGUUUGAUUUGGAAGACGUAUAGCUAUUUAACCUGGGGUACCUCGAGGGGUGGCUGCUCUCCCAGCUGGCCAUCGGCCCCUCCUGCUCCUUGCCGAAACGAGGGAAAGCU